AGAUGAUGACAAAGAAAUCCAAGGAGCCCAAUUUUACAGCCAGGGAAGUAGCAAUUCUGACUCAAAUGGUGAGGCAGAAUGCGUCGAUAAUGACAUCUAAGUUCCGCAACAUGACGGAGAAUGAUAGGAAAAAUGAGUUGUGGACAAAUAUAGCCACCAGUGUCAAUGCUGUUGGCAUUUGCAAGAGAACCUCGGAUGAGGUGAAAGAGAAGUGGCGCCAGUUGAAGGCCAAGGCCAAAUCCCAACAGGCCAAGUCCAAGAAAGAAGAGAAGAAGACGGGAGGUGGCCCAGCUGUCGCACUAGAUAUGGUGUCAGAGACGAUAGCCGAUAUAUUCAAGGCUGACCCAAGCUGGGAAGGAAUUAAAGGAGGCUCGGAGUCUGCAGCUUGUGCGUUUACUUCUCCACCCCCUGCUGCUACUGCCAUAAGUCAUCAUGCCAUUGCCAAUGUUGCCAGUGAAACAUUUUUUCCUUUGACAGUUGGACCAGAGCCAGCAUUUUUUGACCAAGCCUUGUCGACUGUGGUCGAAAUAACACCAGAAGAAGAAGAAGUCCAACGCCUCUGCAUUGAAGCCUCUAGUGGACACGUUGAGGACCUGGGGAAGUUUGAGGAAAUGCCAUUGGAAGAAGAUUGUGCAGAACUAGAAUCGCUGAGAUCGAUGGCAGGACGAAUAGAAAGAAUGGGGAGGGGUAGGAAGAGGGGGAAGUCAGCAGUGAAGGCCACAGAGGAGAAAACUUGCGGACAUUGUGCAAGGCAGCACGACAUGAUUGAGUCUGAAAUACGGAACAAUGAACUCAGGAGAUGUGUUUUGGAACUCAAGAUAGAAAAGUUAAGGUUGGAAGUUGCGAAGUUGAAGAGAGAGAGUUGA